UCAAUAAAUAAAUAUAAUUAAAAUUAUAUCGUGUUUGGUCUCAUUUUAAUCAGAAUGGUGUCACAAAUACGUUAGUGAAAGAUUAAUUUUAAAAAGGUCAAAAAUAAAAAUGUUUCUCUUUUAAAUUAGUAUCUAAAUAUAUUAUCUCAGCGAUAUUUGAUAAUGAAUUAUGUUACACUAUUCAAUCAUGGCGAGCCGCAAAGCUUCGUGAUUAUAUUUGAGUUGUAUACAAUGGACGGAGUAGGAUUAUUUAAUACUUUUCUUCAAUCACACCAACCUCAAUUAGAAUUUUCUGGGGUGCCAAGAAUAUAUUGGCACAUUUUAUUUAAAAAACUUCAGUACCAGAUAUUUGAUUCAGGUCUGAUAUUUCAAUUAAUGAGAAUUGAUUACGAUAGUGAUGAGAAGGGUGACAAGGAUCCUAUUUGGAAGCUCUAUGUUUGUCGUAAAGAAGGCAUUGCUGUUAAGGAUCCGAACAAUAUUUAUUUGAUAGAUCAUGCAUGGACGUAUGAUAUUAACAAUGCAAGGCAAAAUUUAUCAACUAUUCCAGAUCUAUUAGAUCGUAUGUGUUCCUUAAUGGGCUUUGACACAGAUGCAGACGAAGAUGAAAAGAUAGAAUUUAUAUUAAAUGAAAUGUGGAGGUACAAUCAAUCUUUUGCUGUAAAUAGUGGUUCCAUAGAGGAUAGAAUGCCAGUUUGGUAUAUUAUGGAUGAAGUAGGAUCAGCAAUAAAUCAUAGCGAUAACCCCAACUUUAGAACAGUGCCUUUCUUGUAUUUACCAGAUGGUGUUGCUUAUACACUUUUGUUUCCUAUAAAAGAUGUUGAUUACCAAGAAGAAGUUACAAGAAAUUUUAUAGAAGGACAAACAAAAGACCAAAGAAAACAAAAAGCAUUAUUGUUACCUUGGAUAGAAGUAUCAUUUAUCGAAGAAAGCUUCUUGCAAAUUGAACCAGAUGAACAAUACUUUUUGGCAGGUCAUAUUCGUGAAAGUCUACCAGAAAAAGUGGAUUAUAAGUUUCUUGAAAGAGCUAAAGGUACGAAAUUAAAGGUUUUUUCACAAUAUACAUAUGUAAAUGAAUAUCUAAAUGACCCUGCAUUUCAAAUUGUGGCUGAUGAAGACCAGGCAGAUAUUUUAUGGUACACCUCACAUUUCAAAGACUACAAAAGAUUAAGCAUACAAUCACCAUACGUUUUCGUAAACCAAUUUCCAUUUGAAAAUGUUCUAACUGUUAAAGAUUUAUUGUCGAUUAUAUGUAGAAGAAAAGCAGGUGAAAGAUGUUUCAAUCCCGAUACACUCGAAACUUAUCCAAUUUGGCUACCAACUACUUACAACCUAAAUAUAGAAUUAGUGCAAUUUGUUGCAUACUUUGAACAGAGGAAAUCAAUGAAUUUAGAUAAUCAUUGGAUUUGUAAACCUUGGAAUCUAGCUAGAGGAUUAGAUAUACACAUUACGAAAAAUUUGUACCAUAUAUUACGAUUGCCUAGCACAGGUCCGAAGAUAGCGCAAAAAUAUAUUACAAAUCCCGUUUUGUAUGACAGACCGGAAAUCGGAAAAGUUAAGUUCGACAUACGAUACGUAGUAAUGCUCAAAUGUGUACAACCUCUACAAGUGUUCGUCUACAAAAAUUUCUUCUUAAGAUUUGCGAAUAAGGAAUUCGCUUUAAAUAAUUUCGACGUGUACGAACAACAUUUCACAGUUAUGAAUUAUUCAGGGGACAUACCACUUUGUCAUAUAAAAUGCGCGGAUUUUAUCUUGGAAUGGGAGAGGCAAUACCCCGACUUUUCAUGGAAGGAAUGUGUCGAGCCAAAAAUCUUGCACAUGUUUAGAGAGAUUUUCGAGGCUGCAGUCGCGAUAAAACCACCGAAAGGAAUUGCGGAAAGCCCACAAAGUAGGGCUGUAUACGCGAUCGAUUUGAUCCUCGAAUGGAAAGAAGAUACGAUACAGCCUAUGUUAUUGGAGAUUAACUUUGCACCUGACUGUAAACGAGCAUGCGAAUAUUAUCCAAAUUUUUACAACGACAUAUUUAAAUGUCUGUUUUUGAACUUUAAUAAUCCGGAAGUAUUUCAUGAUUUAUGCUUAUAGCAGGAUUAAAUUCUGCAUAUAUAAAUCGAAAUACAGUUACAUAAGUGUAUGCUCGAACUAUAAAUAUCGAGAAACUAUUAACGAUCGUUUUGUGGUCAGCGUCGUGGUCAACACACAUUUAUUUAUUCAAAGCAGGAGAGUUCCGUGUUUCGUAUGCGAUAAUGAGCUGAAGUAGAUCUAGUAAAUCUGCAUAUGCGAACGUUAAGGGUAUAUUUGCUUCGUAAAUAAUUUGCAGCUCCCAUAACUUGACGCUAUAACGGGAAGACUAUUGUAGUACCUAAUGGAAUAAUAAACGAGAGAGCAAUUGGAACAGUUUCACGACUGUCCACUUUGGUCAUCGUGUAUCCACGAGUACGUGAUUAAUGCAGAAAGAUACUCAUAACGAUAAUGCCAACUUUUUAGCGAUAUCACUUUUCCCGUGAAAAUGCAAUGAAUACGUAAUAAAGGUCGAUAUAUCGAAGCAUA